CUAACUUGAAGAAAGUGACAUGGAUAGUUACAUUAUAAUCGUUUGUUGAUACAUAAGCAGUAGCCCGUGGUCUCCACUGUGGCAACACAAAAUGGCAAGACCUGAUCAGCAGCCUCAAUCUCAAUCAGAUGAGCCCCAUGCUCAAACUCAAAUUCAGCUUUCUGAGAGUUAUCAAACUGAGGAUCACAGUCAGGUUGAAAUUGUGAAUCACUCGGAAUCCCAGGUUACUAAUCAGACUCCCAUAAGCACAGUCCAAGUAUUGGCCAUUGUUUCGUUGACUAUCAGAGCAGCUACUUGGAUAUGCCUCUUGGCAUCGCUAAUCGUUCUAGCAUCUGACACGUCUACCAUCAAAGGGCUCUAUAGAGACGUAAAAAUCGGGUUCAACGAUAUCUAUUCUUAUAGGUACAUGAUGUCAGCCAUAGUGAUUGGUUUUACAUAUACAUGUGUUCAACUACCCAUCGAGAUCUACCAACUAAGCAUGGGUAAACGUGUUACGAUUGGCAAUGGGCUCCCUAUGAUCAUCUUUUUUGGCGACAAGGAAAUAAGUAUAGAGCGUUGUGCAAAAGUGUUCAAUGUGGAGGAGAAAAACAAAAUUGGCACGGAGUUUUGGAAGCGUUUGGGAGCUUCUAGCUUUUAUUUUAUAGGUAAGUUCCUAUUAUCUAUGUUAGCUACGGGUGUUGGUGCAGCAUUUGGUGCUACAUUUGAUUUGAAGAAAAACCUUGAUGACUUGGACAACUAUCUAGAGUCGAUCGGUGAACCACUUAUUUCUCAACUUCGAACAAAGCUUGAUAACUUCUUCAACAUGGCUUAUGUUUCAUCCGGCUUACUUCUUAUUGCGUUCUUAUGUUCGAUAGCUUCUUCUAUUUUAUCUUCAUUUUCCUUUCAAAAGAAAUGA